UCCACCUUCGUCAAGGAUCAUCAUCUUCCUAACGACAACAACGACGACCGAAAUGUUCUACGAGCCAGGACGCACCGCCCAUGGACUGCCCAGGGAUCCUUUCAAGGUAUGCGAUUGCGUCACAUAGAAAUUGCCCGAAAACGGCCUUCUACAAUCCCAAGGGGAGGAGCACGUCCAGACGAUCUGACGGCGAUGGCGAUGUGAAACAGUCGUGCGUUGUACCACGGCCUAUCGGAUGGAUCUCCACCCGGAGCGCCGGAGAGGAGCCGAUUGACAAUCUCGCGCCAUACUCCCAGUUCAACAACCUUUCCUUCUCGCCUCCAUAUGUCAUGUUCGCGGCGAAUCAAGGUACGUUCGAUGGCCUGAGACUCGGAGCGGGGAGGUCAGGGGAGUGAGUCUGUCUGCUGACCGCGCUCAUCGUUCUCCCCCCCAAAAGACUUGAAUGGCAGCAUGAAGGACACGACCCGCAAUGCUCAGGACUCGGGCCAUUUCGGCUGGAGCAUGGCGACCUUUGCGCUUCGGGACGCCGUGAACGCAAGUGCGGAAAGCGUCGGGCCCGAGGUGGACGAGUUCCUGCACGCCGGGGUCGAGAAGCAGGAGGCGAGGGUGAUCCCGGUGUCCCUGGUCAAGGCGUCCCCGAUCAAAUUCGAAUGCAAGUAUUACACGACGUUGCGCCUGCCCGGGGACACCGCCGUGGGCAGCGUGGACGUCGUGAUCGGCCGGGUCGUCGCCGUCCACGUCGAGGACUGGGCGUUGCGUGACGGGCAGGUCGAUCUGGGAGCCAUCAUGCCUAUCGCACGGUGCGGCUACCUGCAGUAUACCGUCAUCAAGGCGGAUAGCCUGUUUGAGAUGAGUAUUCCGGGCGACCCGAGGAUGAACGACGGUCUAGCAGGCGACGAGGCUCUGGUGAGGGAAUGGGACCCCAAAGGAAGGAGGUCGGAUCAUGCAAAGUAGCAACGCAACAUGCCCGGCCAUUUUUAUGUUGUAUUCAAAUUGAGAUCGACAACACAAAUUCGUCUAUGUACUGCGAAGUGCUCAGAUAUGUGUGCUCAGAUACAUGUGCUCACAAUUGCACAGCUGGGAGGCGGAUCCCAUCUUGGCCGAGAAACGGGAUGCCUUUGAUUUCAUGUUUCCCGGCUCGAAAAGAGAGAGAGUUCCUGUUGACCGGGCAGGCGGGCUUGGAAAGGAGCUCAAUCGCCGUCUGUUCCCGCCCACUUGCUUUCCAUUGUUAAUCUCAAGCGUACCCCGGACCGAACUGCAUUGCGGGG